GCGCGCUCGGCCGCCCGACGACGCGGGAGCCGCACGCGCCAGACUAGGCUCGCCGCGCUCACUGCCGCCGAGCGCCGGCCAGCUGAGGCGGCGCCCUCGGUUCCCGGCCAGGAGGGAAUCUGUGGCCCCAGAGCGGAGGCGGCGGCGGGAAAGAUGAAGAACGAAAUUGCUGCCGUAGUCUUCUUUUUCACAAGGCUAGUUCGAAAACAUGAUAAGUUGAAAAAAGAAGCAGUCGAGAGGUUUGCUGAGAAAUUGACUCUAAUACUUCAAGAAAAAUAUAAAAAUCACUGGUAUCCGGAAAAACCAUCAAAAGGACAGGCCUACAGAUGCAUUCGUGUCAAUAAGUUUCAGAGAGUUGAUCCUGAUGUCCUGAAAGCCUGUGAGAACAGCUGCAUUUUGUACAGUGACCUGGGCUUGCCAAAGGAACUCACUCUAUGGGUGGACCCAUGUGAGGUGUGCUGUCGGUAUGGAGAGAAAAACAACGCAUUCAUUGUUGCCAGCUUUGAAAAUGAGGAUGAGAACAAGGAUGAGAUUUCCAAGAAAGUGACCAGGGCCCUUGAUAAGGUUACCUCUGAUUAUCAUUCAGGGUCCUCUUCUUCAGAUGAAGAAACAAGUAAGGAAGUAGAAGUGAAACCCAAUUCAGUGGCUGCGACCCCCAGCCCCGUGUACCAGAUUUCAGAGGUGAUAUUCCCACCUCUUCCAAUGUGGCACCCUUUACCCAGAAAAAAACCAGGAAUGUACCGAGGGAAUGGUCAUCAAAGUCACUACCCUCCUCCUGUUCCAUUUGGUUAUCCAAAUCAGGGAAGGAAGAAUAAACCAUAUCGCCCAAUUCCAGUAACAUGGGUACCUCCUCCUGGAAUGCAUUGUGACCGGAAUCACUGGAUUAAUCCUCACAUGUUAGCACCUCACUAGCUGCUUUGAUUCUGUUGGUGUCAUGUUGAGAGAAGGUAGAAUAAGCCUGACUGCAUAUUAAAAGUUCAUACUCAAAGUAGUAAAGUUAGAUGGGCUAAACCAUCAAACUUAUUUUUAUAGAGAAGUUAUUGAGAAUAAUCUUUCUUAAAAAAUAUAUAUGCACUUUAGAUAUAUUGAUAUAGUUUGAGAAACUUUAUUAAAGUUAGUCAAGUGCCUGAGUUUUUAAUAUUGGACUUGAGUAUUUAUAUAUUGUGCAUCAACUCUGUUGGAUAUGAGAACACUGUAGGAGUGGACGAUCUGUUCUAGCACCUUUGAGCAUUUACUUUAUGGAGAGUAUGUAAGUUAUUUAUACACAAGGAAAUCUAUUUUAUGUCAUUGUUUAGAAGAAUUGCGUGAAAUCAUGUAGUUGCAAAUAAAAAGUAGUUUGAGGCAUGACAAUGUGUGCUUCUGUUCUGUGCAUAAAAAGGGAGAAAGGGCAAAGGGUAUCUCACUUCCAUAUGUUUAAUUAAAUAUUUAGCAAAGAAUAAAACUAACAAUUUUAACUUUUCUUUAAAAAAUUGACUUUUUAUUAGCCAUACCUUUCCCAAAGGCUAUAGUAUCAAAAGAUUCAUAUAAAACGUCUAAAGUUUGUUAGUAGUAGAUAACUGAAAAUAUAAAUAUAAUGAAACAUCUUUCAACCAUUAGAGUCACUAUACGUAGGAUUUUCCUAACCAAGAAUUUGGCCUGUACAAAUUUUGAUAUGACAUCUGACUUAUACGCCUAGUGCCAUGGCAUAAAGCAGAAAUGUUCUUAUAGCUACGCUAAUCUCUGUGCCUUGUGCUUUUUUUCAACAUGUUAAAGUCUUUAUUAGAGGUCUAAAAUAAAGCCAAAUAGUACAGUACUUCA